AUGCGUAACACUGCAGACUGCCAUAGGUUUUGGAGACCUCCCGAUGACGAUGAUAGGCCACUUGUAAGCGAGAAGGAAGCUGCUUGCGGGGAAAUGAGAGUUAUAACGUGGGUUGGCGAACCACGUCGAUCAGAUAAACGCUGCAAGGCUAGACUUCCUAGUGGAAAACUUUGUCCUCGAAUGGAUUUUCACAGAUGUCCAAUACACGGAGUGAUUAUUGACCGCGAUGACGAAGGUUUCCCUAUCGAAGAAGUAAGCACUCCUGAACCGUCGACUGCUGAGAAGGAACGUGAACGGCUAGAUGAGGAAGCCUACAUGAGAGAUCUCGAAGCUGGAACUGGUCAAUCUUUUGUGAAAAAGACGAAGAAACAGAAGAAAAAGAACACAGAAACUGUGCGACAGAGGCUAGAGAAGAAGCUAUUGGACCCAAAGACUAUCAAACGUGUAUCUGCUGCAUUGGAUGCUGCCAGGAAGGCUAAAAUUCAACGAAAAUUUGGUGAUCAAUUCGCCCACGCAUUUACGAAAUAG